AUGGAACCUCAUGUUCCGUUUUUCGAAGUUUCUCUCAACGAAAAAUGUGAAAACUUGUCUGAUUGCCCAAACGGUUCUUACGAUUGUCUCUCGGUUGUUGGCCUCAAUAACUCUAGAUGCAUCAGAGACGUCAAAGAAAUUUGUACCGGAGGAAUUCCAAUUAAUCCCGUAACUACUUGCUCCCGAGACACUGACUGUAGCCCUGGAUGGUGCGAUUUGGAGACACAAAAUUGUUGUGACGUUGAUCAGAAAUCCUCAGAACUUCCAAUGUGUCCGGAUAGAGUGACUCCUUUGUACGCUCAACAAAAAUGCAGAGACGUUGAAAAAGAUAUGGUUUAUUCCGGAACCAGUGAACAGAAGGGUGGAUUAUGCUAUAAAGGAUACAGCUGUCCGCCAAAAAUCAAGCGUAAAUCAGAUGAAUUCUACGGUGUUGAAAUAUUCGAAACCAAUAUUAGCUGCUCGACAGAGCAAAGUGUCAGCGGACCGUAUUCUUUCAUGUUCUGUAAUAAUCGUACUGGACACCUUUGGUUUAUGGGACAAUAUAAUGUAAAUGGAGAUGAAGUUACAAGGCAUUGGACGCAUUGUCAAUUCAAUAAAGAUUGUGGAAAAGGACAUGUUUGUGUUAAAGAAGAUUUGGCAAGAUUUAGAUGUUAUGAUGAUCCGACAAUCAAAGUGAACUACAAUUGGAUUGUUAUUCGUCUUCUGGCCAUGUUUUUUGUUCCAGUCUUUUUCCUAAUUGGUAUCAUCAUAUUGAAUGUAAAAUAUUUAGAUUGA